AUGUUUGCAAAGUGCAGGCUAUUAAUACGUCCGAGGCCUACGUCAGGUCUCCGGCUGGCCUGUCCAAAUGAACGGAACAGAUCUUUGAUUUUGAGAAGGAACAUCCAUUAUGAUGGCCGUAGCAGAACUUCAAACUUCUGGCUACCUACUGGAGGAAUUGAGAGAAAAGCGGCUGAAACAGAGAAAGAGGAUGCAAAUGAUCUCUUAAUCAGAGCCGGCUUUAUACGUCAGGCUUAUUCGGGUGUCUUUCACAUGCUACCGUUGGGUCUCCGUGUCCAAAACAAGCUAGAGGCUUUGAUCGACACACAUAUGCAGUCUCUCGGUGCAUCAAAAGUUUCUCUUUCAUCUUUAUCCUCUCAAGAGCUAUGGGAGAAGACGGGGCGCUUAAAAAGUGGCUCAGAGGUUUUCAAAUUCAAUGACAGAAAGGAAUCCCGAUUUUUACUUGCACCCACCCAUGAAGAAGAGAUCACAUCACUAGUUGCAAGCUUAGUCAACUCAUACAAGGAGCUACCACUCCGAUUAUAUCAGAUUUCAAGAAAGUACAGAGAUGAAGCUAGGCCACGACAAGGCCUUCUUCGUGGUCGAGAAUUCGUCAUGAAAGACCUGUACACCUUCGAUUACAAUGCAGAACAAGCACUAGCGACAUACGAAGCAACGCGGGAAGCAUACAAACGCAUAUUUGACACACUAAAAGUCCCAUAUCUAGUUGCUGCUGCCGAUUCAGGAAACAUGGGCGGUAAUCUCAGUCACGAAUUCCACUUUAUCAGUGACAAAGGAGAAGAUACGCUAAUCAGUUGUUCUGAUUGUGAUUAUGUAUAUAACGAGGAAGUAUCGGAUGGCCGCGCAACCGAAAAUGUUUUUGAGAAUCCGCUGGCUGCUCCAAUGCCAUCAGAAACUGGUGUCGGAACUGAUAGUCCCCUGGCAAUAUCCAUAGCAUUGUGGACUGCUAUCUCCAAGGAUAGAAAGACUCUAGUGAGAGCUUGGUAUCCACGAUAUUCGACUCAAGACCUCGGUAGUGAGCCGAGAGAGAGAGAGAUCAAUUCGCACGCCGUCAAGGCUAUAGCAAAAUCAACAGGCAUUGAUCUCGAUACUAGUGUGGAGAAUCCUGUUGGGCUUUGGUACAGCGAUGUCAAGAAAACGGCUGCCUCUGGCGCCCAGACUGAUUCGGCACCAGCGCACAAGAUUAUUGAUCUAUACGAUUCGCAAGUUGCUCCCUACAGCCGCCCCCCUCUUAGUGGACUUCCAGAAGACUUUGACAAAGCCAAAUAUCCCGUUGAAUUCGCGCUAUUGAAUCGUUUCCCUGAUAGUAAAGACGGACUCAGUUUGACACGAGUCGUCGAGGGCGAGAAGUGUCCUAAAUGCUCCAAGGGAUUUUUACAUACACACAAUGCAGUGGAAUUGGGACACACAUUCUACCUUGGUACUCGUUACUCAGAAGUCCUCAAAGCCAAGGUCUUUGUGGACAGCUCAGCAACCAAGUCUAAUGAAUCUGACUCAAACAGCAACAAACCCCAGAAUGUCCCGAUGGAAAUGGGCUGUCAUGGGAUUGGCGUUUCUCGAAUGAUAUCUGCAGUGGCCGAUGCGUGCUCCGAUGUCCGCGGAUUGAAUUGGCCAAGGGCGAUCGCUCCAUUUGAAAUCAUUGUUGUCCCAGCUCGAAACCUCGAGUCUGAAGCUGAGAAUGUCUAUGAUCUUUUGAGGCAACAGACAGAUACCAGCGAUGUUAUCCUGGAUGAUCGUACCAAACAUGUCGGAUGGAAACUCAAGGAUGCCGAUAUGAUUGGAUACCCGAUUGUAGUCGUCGUUGGAAAGGCAUGGCAAUGGGCGCAGAAGCUUGAAGUGCAUUGUCGACAGUUGGAUGGUCUACGAGAGGAUGUUCCAGUGGACAAUCUGAUCGAUUAUAUUCGGUCACUGUUAGCAAGGCUUUAA